AUGGGGAAAUCGGGGGGUAGAAGAAAGAAGGGUGGUUCGAACCCGAACCAAAACCAAGGUGUGGUUGAUAAUUCGGGUUCAGGUGGGGCAGUCCCAAUGGCUAACGGUGGGGUGGAGUUGUUGGAUUCGUCGAUAUUUUUGAAGAAGGCGAAUGAGAUGAAAGAGGAAGGGAAUAGGAGGUUCCAGAGUAAGGACUAUGCAGGUGCUCUUGAACAGUACGAGAGUGCUCUUCGUUUAACCCCCAAAACGCACCCUGACAGAGCCGUGUUCCACAGCAACAGGGCUGCGUGUUUGAUGCAGAUGAAGCCCAUAGAUUAUGAAGCCGUCAUUGCUGAGUGCACCAUGGCGCUUCAGGUCCAGCCCUGUUAUGCCCGGGCCCUUCUUCGCCGGGCCCGCGCCUUCGAGGCUGUUGGGAAGUAUGAAAUGGCUGUGCAGGAUGUGCAGUUCUUGUUGGCUGCUGAUCCUAGUAACCGUGAUGCUUUGGAGAUCGCCCAGAGAUUGAGAACUGCGUUGGGGCCGCGCCAGGAAGCCCAGCAGGACCUUCAAAGUAGACCCUCUCCAGCUGCCCUUGGAGCUUCCGCGGUCCGUGGCGCCCCUAUUGCUGGUUUAGGGCCAUGUUUGCCAGCCCGUCCUGUGGCGAAGAAGGGAGUGAACUCAGCAGUUGGAUCUGCUAUGUUGCCUAAUAAUAACAAGCUAGACAACAAGGCACAGCAGGUUUUGCCUACUGAAAAUGGUUCUGAUAGCAAGUCCCACUUGCCAAAAUUGGUGUUGAAGCCUUUAAAUGGUUCUGCAAAGCCACCUAUACCUGGAAAGGAUGCUGACAAGGAACAGGCAUUGGCCAUUCGUGGGCAGCGUUCUGAGGCUGCAAUUCGCUGGAGACCAUUGAAGCUUGUUUAUGAUCAUGACAUUAGGCUCGCACAGAUGCCAGUCAAUUGCAGCUUUAGAGUACUGAGGGAUAUAGUGAGCAAAAGAUUUCCUUCAUCGAGUUCUGUUCUGAUCAAGUAUAAGGAUUGCGAUGGUGAUCUGGUUACUAUAACCUCUACUGAUGAACUCAGACUGGCAGAGUCUAGUGUUGAUAGCCAUCUCCUCAAAGAACUUGGGGAGGUUAAAAGUGAUUCUGUUUCAAUGCUCAGACUGCAUAUUGUUGAAGUAAGUCCGGAGCAGGAGCCACCUUUAUUGGAAGAAGAGGAAGAAAAACUGGUUGAGAAUGAAGGGGUCAAAGGAGAUGAGGGCGGAUCUCAUUCUUCCCUUGGUGAAUCUGUCUCUGAAGUUCCUGAUAAUGAGGUUGAUAAGGUAGGGAAGGAAGCUCCAAAGGAAAAGCCAGGCGCCACAGGAGAUACUGAAUGCAAAGAGGUGGAGAUGGAUGAUUGGUUGUUUGAGUUUGCUCAGCUUUUCCGCUCACAUGUUGGUAUUGAUCCAGAUGCUCAUAUUGACUUGCAUGAGCUUGGGAUGGAGCUUUGUUCUGAGGCACUCGAGGAAACAGUUACUAGUGAGGAGGCUCAGGAACUGUUUGACAAGGCUGCUUCAAAGUUUCAGGAGGUUGCUGCUUUGGCUUUCUUCAACUGGGGUAAUGUUCACAUGUGUGCAGCUAGGAAGCGGAUUCCUCUGGAUGAAUCAGCUGGGAAAGAGGUAGUGGCAGAGCAGCUUCAAGUGGCUUAUGAAUGGGUCAAGGAAAAGUAUUCUUUGGCCAGAGAGAAGUACGAGGAAGCCCUCUCGAUCAAAUCAGACUUUUAUGAGGGACUGUUGGCUCUGGGGCAGCAGCAAUUUGAAAUGGCUAAACUUAAUUGGUCUUUUGCACUUGCUAAGAAGAUGGAUCUAUCUGGCUGGGAUUCUAAGGAGACACUUAAUCUUUUUGACAGUGCAGAAGAGAAGAUGAAGGCGGCAACAGAUAUGUGGGAGAAACUAGAGGAACAGAGAGCAAAAGAGCUAAAGGACCCAAAUGCAACCAAGAAAGAGGAAUUAUUGAGAAGAAGAAAGAAACAAGUGGGUGCUACUGAAGGUGAAUCCUCCACUGUUGGAGGACAGGGUGAUAUAUCCGCAGAGGAAGCUGCUGAGCAAGCAGCUGUCAUGAGAUCUCAAAUUCACCUCUUUUGGGGUAAUAUGCUUUUUGAAAGAUCCCAAGUUGAAUGCAAAUUGGGAAUGAAUGGAUGGAAGGAAAACCUGGAUGCUGCAACUGAACGCUUCAAGCUUGCAGGAGCUUCUGAGGCAGAUAUUUCUAUGGUUCUAAAGAAUCAUUGCUCAAAUGGAAAUGCUAAAGAUGGAGAUGAUAAAAAGGUUGAGAACACACAGCACAAUAAGACCAUUAAACCAGAGAUUAAUAAGGCUAAUCAAGUAUGA